AUGAGUAAUUAUGAUGAAGCUACAGCUUUUUUAGGAAACUGGGGACGAUUUCAGAAGAUUUUGUUCUUUAUACUUUCUACAAGUGUCAUUCCAAACGGACUUGGGAUUUUAUCUGUUGUAUUUAUUGUGGACAGUCCAAAACACCACUGUUCUGUUCCAGAAGUAAACCUGACAGAAGAGUGGCUCCAAGCUAUCAUCCCAAUCAAUGUGGUGAAUGGUGUGGAGGAGCGGAGUCGCUGCAGCAGGUACAGGCUGGAUGUGGUCAUGGAUCUGUGGGCUCAGGGCUCUGCUCCUGGAGACGUGAACCUCACCCAGCUGCAGCAGGAGCCCUGUGUGGACGGCUGGAGCUACAGCAAAGACAUCUACCAGUCCACUUUAGUCACUGAGUUUGACCUGGUGUGCGGCGACCAGUGGAAGCAGCCGUUCACGUCAACCCUUUAUUUCAUCGGAGUUCUAAUUGGAUCCUUCAUUUCUGGACAGCUCUCCGACAGAUUUGGGAGGAAGCCUAUAUUUUUUAUUACUUUGGGAAUGCAGGCGUUGUUCACUUUUCUUCAAAUGUUUUCGUCUUCAUGGGAGAUGUAUGCAGCCCUGAUGUUUUUCAGUGGACUGGGGCAGGUCGCUAACUAUGUGGCGGCGUUUGUUCUGGGGGUGGAGGUGUUUUCUGGAAACGUGCAGACGGCGUACACCACUGUGGGCGUGUGUCUGGGCUUCGCUACAGGAUACAUGCUGCUCCCGCUCUGUGCAUAUUUCAUCAGACAGUGGAGAUUUCUGGUCCUGGUCGUCUCUUUACCCGGAGCUGUCUUUAUCCCCCUCUGGUGGAUCACACCAGAGUCUCCUCGCUGGCUGCUCUCUCAGGGCAGGGUGGAGGAGGCAGAGGACAUCGUGAAGAAAGCUGCUGUCAUGAACAAAGUCAAUGCUCCAUCAGUCAUAUUUGAAAAAUAUAUGGCUGAAGAAAAUACAGCCAACAAGAGUCACAAACGGUUUACAGUAAUUGAUCUUUACUUAAAUCAGGAAAUGAGAGGUCCAUCACUAAUCCUGGCUCUGAUCUGGUUUACUGUGGCGAUGGGUUAUUAUGGUCUGUCAUUAAACACGUCCAAACUCAGCACGGACCCAUUUCUUGCUUGUUUCAUCUCAGCUGCGGUGGAGGUCCCGGCCUACAUCGCCUGCUGGUUUGCCAUAAAGUUCUGGCCCCGGAGACCCACUGUUAUCUCCUUUAUGAUACUGGGAGGAGUGGCUCUUUUGACUAUUCAGGCAGUCCCUCCAUCUCUAUCAGCAGUGUCAUUUGCUCUUGAGAUGUUCGGCAAAUUUUGCUUUACCAUAACUGCAGCUAUGGCUUAUCCAUGUACUGCAGAAAUGUACCCAACGUUCAUCAGGAACACAGCAACGGGAACCUGUUCCACCAUCUCCAGAGUCGGGACCAGCAUUGCACCUUUUAUCUUUGAACUGAGUGUCCAUUUUAAAUACCUCCCUUAUUUAUUUCUGGGGUCAGUGUCAGUGACUUCGGCGAUCUCUGUAUUGUUCCUUCCAGAGACGUUUGGACAUCCUCUCCCAGAGACAAUUGAUGAUAUGCACAAGUUUAAAAGGUUGAGCUGUUCUUGUGCCAGUCAGAAGACUUUAUCAAAUCCUGUAGAUGUUUUGGAAACUAAACUGUGAUAAGUAUCAGCAGUAACUGUGGUCUGUAUCAUACGAUUAUGUUAAGGGACAUUUUUUCCCAGUCCAGUGUUAUAAAUCUC